AAACACCGAACGCGUUACCAGUUGGACACGAAAUAUCGGCGCAACACUACGUGUCGUUCACCCGCGCGCACGCGAAACUAAGUUAUUCUCUUCGUCACACACUUGUGACUGUAAGUGGAGUGAAACUAAUGAAAAAUUAAGAGAAAUCUCAUAAACGAUACAAAGUGUUGGAUAAUUUUUUUGGAUAUUCCGGUGACAUUAUUCUGUAGACGCUCCGAGCCACGAAUUUUGUUUUUGUUUGCGCAGUUUGUGCCGCGCCGAUACACUAAUUGCUGUUUGCCGGAGUGCUUGAGGAUGGAGUAAUAUCAAAACGUCAAAAUGCGGUGGUUCAAAAAGGGCGAGCCGCCGCGGCUGCUCGCCGUCUCCCCGGACAUGGAGCCACGAUCCACCCGUAGAUCCAGGAUUGAUAUGUCACCAGUCCGCUAUCCUAACAGAAAAAGUAGCGGCAGUUCGGUUGAAACCAACUUCUACAAUCUAAGCGACCAAAUAAUUAUAGUGGAAAAAUCACCGCACCAUUGUCAUCGCGGUGGCGAAACUCCCGUCACACGUCGAAUAUCGCUGCAAAACGGUCCCAUCUCACCACAAGAAAGUUAUAAUACAUCUCGUAAAAACCGCGGAGGCUCUUUAGAAAAAGAGUAUAUGGUAUAUAGGGAAAAGCGAAACCCGUUGCUCGACAAAGUAAAAAAUACUAAACUGUCGUGUUUCAAAUCUAACGGACCACUUCGACAUGCUGACGAUGCCGCAUCAACGUCUGGAAGUGAUUGCAGCGGUUUCGGACAUGUCGAAGAUGUGUCGAAUUGUCGCUAUAGCAACGCUUACCCCGAAACACAUAUCGAAUUUGAAAAUCACAAUCCGUGGGUAAAAAUGCCUAAUUAUGACGAUGAUGUCUUUUUUACCAAAACUGUUCCUAGUCCUGCUGAUUGUCAAUGGCGAGAAGGUAAAUGUUUCAAUAAUAGAGGUACUAGAUGCUACAGUUCAGGUUCAGAAUGUGAUCGGUAUCAUGAGAUUCCAAAAGCGGGUGCGAAACUAUCGAAAUCUAGUGAUCAAAUUUUUAACGAUGAUUAUGAACCUUAUAGCGAAGCCCCUGUGUCAUUAAAAUCUCAAUACAAAAAGACUGAUAAAUUUAAGACUAAAGAUGGAAAAGAUUCUGUUGGUCCAAGUUCCUGCCUGUCCGCGAAACUACGAGCCAUGUCAGACAGAUAUCUCAAGUCAUCAACAAAUAAAUUUCUGUCAAGAUUAUACAAACAGGGCGGCGAAAAUGAUGAUGAAUAUGAUAAUUGUAAUAAUGAACAGAAUUUAAAACACUCUAGUGCAGUUAGUAAAAGCCGCAAAAAGAGAGGCGGUGUCAGGGCAAAAUUACGCAGUUUUUCUUACGGCGCCCUACCCGGUUUAGACGAAUUUCAAAAAGGACAUUCUGUUUUUCAUGAUGAUGCCUAUCAAGUAUCGUGUGACGAUGAAAAUGUUUUAAUACAAGAUACGGAAGACGCAGAUUCAGGAAUUCUAGUCAAUGAAUCAACAGCUUCCUCGAUCUUUGAUAGUGAUAGAAUUUCGUCUAGAUGUGAAAGUUCUGCAUCGCAUGCGAACACUUUAGUGCCGUCUCAUGGAAGAAGUGUAUCUGGAGAUCAAAGCUACGCAAAAACACGAACAUCUGGAAGGAUGAGUAGAGAAAGAAAAGAAUGUCCAAGGCCUAGACCCCGACACACUCAAAGAGCUCUCUCUCUUGAUCGCAAAGAGAUCCUCAGGCGUAUGCCAAAGAAUAAAGGUGACUAUGAGGAGCCUCAAUAUUUACAACUGACCGAAAAACAAAAAAUGCGGCAACGAGAUGCUACUUUAGGAGACUCUGGCAUACCUCCUAUACCACCUUGCAGAAAACCUACGAGAGGCAUUAAAGCUGAAAAAUCUGAAUUUAAAGUAGUCAAAAUUACAAGAAGGAAUCCCUCUGAUGAAUUGGGAAUAUUUAUAGCUAAAACAAAACUUACUGAUGAAGGCCAUAUAGGAUAUUUAGUCGCUCAUGUAGUUCCAGGAGGAUUAGCUGAAAAGGAAGGAACUUUGCGUAUAGGCGAUGAGUUGCUGAAUGUGAACGGUCGAAGAUUACGCGACCUCACUAUGUCUGAAGCCAAAGAAGCUCUAAAAUCUGGUGCUGCCGAAAUUGACAUUGUGAUUUGUAGACAACGUGACAAAACAUCACCUGAUGCUAGACAACGGGAACCAUCCCAAAGAAGCGUCGUCCUCAUGCGGGAAAGUUCAGUGGACUACGAAAACGCAAUCAUAUUAGGGAAGGAAAAACAUAUCGAUAAAUAUGACGUCAAAACGGACCGGCGGCGGUCGCAGGAUGAGUCCGCAUGUAAUCGCAGCGCACUAUCAGCAGCGGACGAGCCGGCGGACGGCGCGGCGAGCGCGCACUCACACUUCCUCAAAGGUCAUAACGCGAGCUACAGCAGCAUGAAUAACAAGCUGCUUCGCCGGCAGGUCGUCAGUUACGGUGGCGCUAAUAAAGAUGGACUUACGCUCAGUUGUGCCGGUGAUAUCGUGAACGUUGAUACGCCGGAUGGACCUCACGAUCGGACUAAAGACAAAAUUGACAGUGAAAGUGAUACUCAAACACAAAAUGCAGCAAAUUUCUGCACGCUUCCCCGAAAACCGCGGGCACCAACGCACACAUACCACACCAUCACUUUCGAAAAAGGUCAUGGCAAGAAGCCGCUGGGAUUUACAAUUGUCGGAGGCCGAGAUUCGCCUCGAGGACCUCUUGGCAUAUUUAUAAAAAGUAUUCUCUCGCAAGGGCAAGCGGUGGAUGAUGGAAGACUGAAAGCAGGUGACGAGGUGUUAGCAGUGAACGGACAGGCGUGCCAUGAGCUCGCUCACGUUGAAGCUUUGGCGCUCUUCAAAGCAGUCAAAAGUGGACCCAUAGAACUCAGAAUAUGUAGGAGGGUAAAAAAUUCACAAUCAACCAAAGCAAAAUCGUGCACAGAUCUUUUAAAUGACGACGACUGAUUGAAGAUAUUUAUUACUUCUGGCCUUCAAUGAAUCUAUUUAUAUUUCAUAAAUUUAUUACGUUCCCUACAACUUUAUGCUCGUAAUAAUAGGUAGGUACUUAAAUAGUCUAUGCCUGAGCUAUGCAUGACUUUACCUGUGUUUAAACUAUUAUCAUCAAAGUCUUAUCCGAAAGCUAAUCAUUCGUUUGUACUCUUCACAGUAAGUAUAAUUACACGUAUUUCUUUUAUUUUUAAUGGACUGAUUUUAAAUAUGUAAUCAACGUAGAUCUUAUCUUAUCUAAAUCCAAAAUAUAUAGAACUGUGCCAUUUUAAAUAAGCCGUUGCACAUCAUAAACAUUUUCACUUAGGUUAAAUGAAUUGAAACAAAACUAACGAUGACUAUGAUAUCUUUUCUAAAGAAUCUGUACCUGACUUUAAUUUUCUAUUGUCAUAUUUUAUUGCGAAGCUCAAACGUAGCGGAUACCGAAACAGAGAAUCCCAAAGAUUAAUAAAAAAUUAGGUAGUCCUGUAUGUUUAGGUACCUAUUUCCUGUCUUAUUGUUAGUUGUGUACUUAGUAAGGGUUUUGUAGUAUGUUUCUACCUAGUAAUAAAUAAACAUAGAUGUUACUACUAAAUAUACAAAUAGAAAAUAACAAAAUUCAAAAAUAAUAGAGUGAUGUUAAUUAAGAAUAAAAUUGUUAUUAGUUAUACCUAAUUCUUAUAGAUUUGUUGUUUUAUGUGCAAUAACAGUUAGGUAAAUGAGGGCUAUUCAUUAAUAUAUGUUUCUACUGUGAUAAAUUUUAAAUCAUUUUGUAACCAAUGGAAAUAAAAAUCUGUACUGGAAAGCGAUACACAAUUAAAAAAAAAACACUUCUUUUUUUCUCGUCCAUUCUCGGAUAUACUUAGAUAUAAAGUUUAUUAGUUGUUGUUAACUGUAGCUCUUGAAGAGACGGCUUUACCUAUUGUGCAGAGUGUGCGCUGCACACGGGCGCAGCGUGUUAGGAGGCACCGAGCGCCGCUCGCGACACGUUCGGAGACAUGCAUCGCUCGCGACACUGGCUCUGUCAAACAACCUGCGCCUGUGUUAAGGCUUUACUUUACACAAUAACUUUUGAUUUAAUAUUAUCAAAUUUAUUAAAGAUCUCUUUGUCUCCUAGGAGGCUCCAAGGAAUCUCUUGCACACGGGCGACACAUGGGUUAGAGCCGCCUCUGUGCUCUUGUAAUAGAUAUGUCGAAACAAAAUAACUAUUUGACUAUUAAAUUGUACGUAAAUGGGCCACAAAACUGUAAAACUCUCUUUUUUCAUGUCAGAGAAUCAAUUUUCAGUACAAUGACCUUGUUUAAUCGAUAUUUCUAUUUAUGAUAAUUUCACAAAAUGCAUGAAUUCGUUUAAAAAUGUAUGUUUUGGUACUUUUCAACGCUGAUAAAUCAAAUAGAAAUUGUGAACAUUUUUCUUAUGCAGUCAAUCUAUUUAUUAAUUUAUAUUAUUGAGUGUAAAAUUAUAUUCUAUGUAGAGCGCUUAAAAAUGUUUGUCGCUUUAGCAGCAGUGACCGAUUGAAAUACGUCCGUGUUUUAACGAACGAUUCAUUCGGUGCAGGAAAUUAAAUGUUAUAAUAUAUUAUGUAGAUAUCAUUCACAGGUACAUUAUAGAGAAGCUUAUUAUAGAAUGCAUAUCAUCGAUUCAUUUGUAAUUAUUUAGUUAUUGUUCAAUAUAAUAAACAAAAAUA